CUGACGGCAGACGACAAAAGGAGUGAAAUGAUGAAUUCGGACAAUUUAACCUCCCAAAGCUUCCUCUCUGUGAUUCAUAGCAAUGCCAGCAAUUUAUUCUCAGGGCUCCAGUUUGUUCAGACCUUCAAGCCACUCAUCAUCCCCUGCUACUCGCUAGUGGUUUUUAUUGGUGUAAUUGGGAAUUACCUUCUCAUUUAUGUUAUCUGCAAGACAAAAAAAAUGCACAAUGUCACCAACUUUCUGGUAGGCAACCUGGCUUUCUCAGAUAUGCUCAUGUGUGCAACCUGUGUACCUCUGACUCUCGCGUAUGCCUUUGAGCCCAGAGGAUGGGUGUACGGGCGUUUCAUGUGCUACUUUGUUUUCCUGAUGCAACCUGUCACUGUGUUUGUGUCUGUCUUUACCUUGACUGUCAUAGCUGUGGAUAGGUAUUAUGCCAUGGUGUAUCCAUUCCGCAGGAGGCUCACAAUCCCUGUUUGUGCUUAUAUCCUGGCUGCUAUUUGGCUGCUGAGCUGUACUUUGGCUGCCCCGGCCUUGGUCCACACUUACCAUGCAGAGUUCCCAGAACUGGACUUCUCCAUCUGCGAGGAGUUUUGGUUCCACAUGAAAAGAGAUCGCUUAGCUUAUGCCUACAGUACUCUCAUCAUCACCUACGUACUGCCCUUGGCUGUCAUCUCCCUGUCCUACCUGAGAAUCUCAGUCAAGCUCAAAAAUCGUGUGGUUCCAGGAAACGUCACCCAGGGCCAAGCUGAGUGGGACCGAGCAAGGAGGAGAAAAACUUUUCGCUUGCUAGUCUUAGUGGUGGCAGCCUUUGGAGUCUGUUGGCUGCCUCUGCACAUCUUCAACAUGAUAAAGGACAUAGACAUCAGCUUGAUUGACAAGCAGUACUUCAAUUUUAUCCAGCUGCUGUGCCACUGGUUUGCAAUGAUGUCUGCUUGUACCAAUGCCUUCCUUUAUGCCUGGCUCCAUGACAGCUUCAGGGGGGAGCUGAAGAAAAUGUUUUCCCGGCGAAAGAAGAAAAUUGGACCCACUACAAAUUGCAUUAUGGCCAGUGUGGUGCUGUAAACGAGAGCUGGUAGGAGUGCACU